AUGACAAUUACACUUUCACACCAUACAAAAGCAUUGGAUUUGAUUGCUCAGAUAGCGAGUGAUCUAAAUGGAACAUCUAAAACUAUGCAUAUGCUUGGUUUGCCAAAAAUUGAAUGUGUAAAGGUUAAACAACUUUAUAAUAAUAGUGUGCCUAAUGAUGACCCAAUGACAGAUUUUUAUGAAGAAAUGAACGAAGAUGAAAGACAAAGGCAUGAAAGAUUUAUGAAUUUUCAUAUAGAUAUGAUACCAAUCGCCGAAAAACGUCAAUUAUACGCAUUACGCACAGACAGUUUAUUGGCCAAACGUGAUAGGUUUUAUCAAUUUCUUAACAAAUUGUAA